GCCCCUCUCCCGUCAUGGCGGCGGCGGGCGAGGGGCCGGAGCCCGAGGAGUUCGUGUACGGGGAAGAGGAGCUGGUGCUGCCGGCCGCGGGAUGGGGGGACGACCCGGGCUCCGCUCCCUCCCGCUUCGAUCGGGCGCUGCUGGCGGGCUGGAGUGACCGGAUGGCGCGGGGCCUGUUCCGGUACCGGCUGGGCCCGCUGCCCACCCGCCUGCUGCCCGGCCCCAUGCGGCUGGUGGCCCAGCUGAACGCCCAGCGCGGCACCGAGCGCCGCCCGCCCCAGCUCGUGUGCAGCCUCCGCCAGCCCUUCGACCCCCAGGACUUCAACUUCACUCGCAUACGUCCCGCCGAGGGGCUGCUCCGCCUGCGCCGGGCCGGGGACGGCGGCCCCGCGGCCCCCGACCCGCUCCUGGUGGCCAUCAACGUCAGCCCGCUGGAGCGGGGACACGUCCUGCUGCUGCCCGACCCGGCGCGGCGGCUGCCGCAGGCCCUCACCCCCGCCGGGCUGCACGGGGCGCUGGAGGCCGCCCUACUCAGCGCCCACCCCGGCUUCCGAGUGGGCUUCAACGGGCUGGGGGGCUGCGCCUCCGUCAACCACCUCCACUUCCACGGCCUCUACCUGCCCCGGCCGCUGCUCGUGGAGUCGGCGCCCGCCCAGCCCCUCCGCCCGCCGGGCCGCCUCUGCCUCCUGCACCACGUCCCGGCCCCCGCCUUCCUCUUCUACACCGCCAGCCCCGCCGAGCUGGGGGCGCUGGCACGGGACGUCUGCCGGGCGGCGGAGCACCUGGCCGACAGCGGCCUGGCCUGCAACCUCAUGGCCACACGGGGGGACGCGCCGGCGGGGGCCGGUGCCGGGCGGGGUCUGCGGGUGCUGCUGUGGGCUCGCAGGCCCAGCUUCGGCGCCAAGGAGAGCGCGGCCUUCAACGUGGCGCUCUGCGAGCUGGCGGGGCACCUGCCGCUGCCGGCGGAGCCGCUGUACCGGGAGAUCACCGAGGCCGAGGCCCUGCGUGUCAUCCGCGAGCCCCUGCUGCCGGAGCCGGAGCUGCUGCGCCUGGCAGAGGACCUGGUGCGGCUGCUGCCGGGAUGAGCGGAGCGGGGCCCGGCCCGGCCCGGCCGUCUGGGGUCGGUACCGAUCCCGGUACCCGCGCCCCCCCGCAAGGGGGCGCUAAGCAGCAGCGGGGCUGCGCGGCUGCUGGCAACGUGACUGACGGGGAG